UGCGUUCGGCAUUGUAAAUCGGAGACGUCGGAUUGCUCUUUUAUCUCGAAAAUCGUUCGGCAAUUCAUAUUUUUCUGCUCUGUAUCAUCCCAUCUGUGUUCGAUAUUAGCAUUUUUAGAGCAAAUCAAGCUCCUCAAUUUGCUCUGGAUUUAAAGGUCGAGCUCACAGAGGAAUGUUCGUUUUCCCGCGAAAAUUAUAAAUUACCGAUUUCAACAUAACCUACUUAUUAAUUGGCUGCUUUAGAAAUUUGUAGUGUGACGUUCACCGUACGAGUAUUAAGCUACGUUUUAUUUUUCGCUUUCUAAUGAUCAAAAUGUCUGUAGUAAACAACGAACUUCGCGAAAUAGUGCAAAUUGGUGACAAAUAUUUCUAUAAAAAAAAUGAUGAUAUUUAUGAAUCUAUACAAUUAUCAGAGGAAGAAAAUAAAGAAAAUUUUGUAGAACAACGUGAAGAUGAAGUUCAAAAACAUGAGAAGAAAAUUUGGACAAAUGAGUCUAUUUUGAGAUUAAUAAAUCUAGUUGGAGAAUUUGAAGAACAAUUUCAAAAUUCAAUAAAAAAACAUAUUUGGAUGAAAAUCUCCAAAAUUUUGACCACUGAUUUGGGUACUUCAAUUACAUGGCAGCAAUGUGACACCAAAUGGAAAGGCUUAUUAAAAAUAUAUAAAGAUAUCAAAGAACACAACUCAUCAUCUGGAAGAAAUCGAAAAAGAUGGGAAUAUUUUGAAGUAAUGAAUGAAAUGCUUCAUAACAAACCAGAAAUUACACCUGUAGCUACUUGCAGUAAUACGAAAGGAUUGAUGGUUAAUAAAGAAUCGAGUGGCACUGAUAAAAGUACAGAAAAUGAAGAAAAUAUCACAGAUGACAAAUAUUCCUGCGACAAUAAGAGAAAAUCUUCAUCCACAUGUGCAACUGACUUUUUUAAGAAAAAACGUUCAUCAAUAGGUAAUGCUGUAGAAAGAAGACAUCAGGAGAAAAUGCAAAGACAGGAUGACUUCUUAAAAUGUUUCAAUGAGUAUGUCGGAAUACUUCGAGAUAAGAAGAAUAGCAAUGAUGAGUGA